AUGGAGAAUCAGCCCGCAACCGAGGCCGCAUCAGUAUCGUCUAGCCAACGAAAACGAGCAAGCAAUGCGCAGGACCAGACCAGCUUAAUGAGCCCGCCAGUACGCCCACAGCCUUCAGAGGUAACAAGUGCCAUCGCCAUCGACAUGAAGCUCUUCAAAGAAAAGCUAGACCUGGACUGCCGCUUCGAAAUCUACAAGCAAGCAUUCCCCGAGAUGAACCGAGCUAGCAUACCUGAAUUUCCACGCGGCCAGUGGCAUAAGGACAGUGUCUACAUCACGUAUGAGAAUCGGUGCGUCAAGUUCGUUAAUCUCCAUCCGCCUAGUGUCUUGCCACCUCCUUGUCAACUAGACAAGCAGUGGGAGCCUAGUAUCUUCUCAUCAGACGAGGAACUCUACUCAGGCGAGGGAGAACUUUGGAAUUGCGGUGCAUGUGAACACCGCAGUUUUAACUGGAUUCAUCGAAUGCUCAUAUCAAACUUUUGCAAAGACAAGGACAUGCGCAAAGAGUUACUGCAGUAUUACUUUCGUUUCGUGCAGUUUGUGUGGGCUCAGGGCUGUGAGCCGAGCCACUGCAGCAUCUCCCUACUGCCGAAGUUCUUCGAGGCUUUUCAACCAUCGGGCUUAACUGAACAGUUGAAGCAUCUCACUCUCGAGAUUCCGUGGAAGUAUACGGACUUGGCAAGACAGAGGACGCUUGUGUGGACGUGUAUACAACCAAGGCCAUUCAACGCUGACGACUCUUUCCAGAGUGAUUCUGUGGUCUUGGGUAGAGUUUUUGGUGUACUUCACAAGUAUAAGAUCAAGGCUGAGUUGACCUUUCCCAAGACAUGGGAGUGCCGAGUGCCGUUUAUUGAGCGUGUAGAGGAGUUGUGUAAAACACGCUUGCAACGCGAUGGGCCAGAAUUCUGGAAACAGAAGCGUGCGAUAAAAGGCUCCAUCUUCCAGUUGGGCGUUCAGCCGCCACGCCGUCUUGCUAAUGAAGCCGUUGCGACGGAAGAGGACGGUAUUUUCCUAUUUGACGCUGAGCUGCGCCGUCUUGCCGAUGAAGCCUUUGCGACGGAAGAGGCUAAUCGCGAGGAAUGGGCUGGGUUCGUUGGGGUGGUCGUGUAUGACGUUGACUUCAGUCAGUAG